AUGGCGGCCGAAAAUGUCGCGCCGCAGCCGCAGCCGCAGCCGCAGCCGCAGUCGCAGUCGCAGUCGCAAUCGCAGUCGCAAUCGCAGCCGCCUCCGCCAAACCUCUUACGGCCCGAUCGCGACUUGCUGACCGCACCACCACCACCGCCGCCACCGCCGCCACCGCCGCAGCCGCCGCAGCCGCAACCGCAACUGCAACUGCAACCGCAACUGCAACCGCAACUGCAACCGCCGCAGCUGGUGCUAGCCGCCCCUGCUGGCCCCGGCCCCGGCCCCGGCCCUCCUGGUGCCGCGAACCAGCAGACCCUUGCCUCGUCUUCUUCUUCUAUCCCCCAUUCAGAUGACCCAUUUAUGAACCCUACAGUCAGGGAAUUGCUCGCAGCGCAGAGAGAGAUUCAGGCGAAGCUUGCCCUCCUACUCCCCGAGAGAUAUGGCCCCAACAUCAAGGUAGAGCUUGACAUGCUGCGCCACAAGCUCCGUGUCUUGCGCGCCUAUAUCGACGAUAAUCAACUGUCUGACAAGGUCCCGCUCUUGUCCGACAUCGAGGAAGCGAGAACGCUGCAGUAUCAGUGUGAGUGCAUCGAGACGGCAUGUCUGGACCAAGGCGUGGAUCUCCACGACCCCAGGUUUCUCGAUGCCCUCAAGUAUCAUUACCUUCGGGACCAGGCCCCUGAGGGGUAUGCUGCUUGGCUGGACUACAACUUCUCCAACUACGACCCCAUCUCUCGCGCAUUGAGGUUAAGGGACAGUCUUCCACUGAGCUUCCGCAGCCACCACUCGUACAAGUGCUGGGACGAGCGUUGUAUGCAUUACAUCUACGGCUAUCCUCACCAAGACGACCGCGAUCAACAUGCGAAGGACCAUGUCACUUUGCAAAAGAGGGACUCGGGGCUCUCCGUCGGCGGCACACCCCCGUUGAUAUUCCCUGACCAGCAAAACAGAAGCUACAGCAUUGACUACAAUAAGCAGCCGUCACCAAUGUACCUACCCCGUCCAGGCUCUGGGUUUCAGCUUGCUCAGUUAGUUACGAGCAGCCAGGCAAAGGACCACCGGGAAUCGCUGAGGAGUUACUCGUUCGUGCCAGAGUACCCGGGAGGACCCCGAGGCUCGAUCGAUUCCGAAGUUGACCCAUUACUUCCGCCGUUGAAGCGCAGCCGUGUGGGACAGUCUCGGCUAGAGUCGAUUGAAGAGCUACGGCUUCUCCGCGAUAUCGGCCCUUGCCUGCGAUGCAAAGUACUGAAAAAAGGGUGCGACUCGAGUGACCCAUGUACGCUCUGUCCCGACAUUACAAACUCUCCAGAUAACGACUUUUGGAAAGCUCUCGGGUGCCAUCGCGGUUCCCUCAGCAGCUUUGCCGAUAUUAUGCUGCCAGCAUCUGCCCCGUCAAGGCAGACACAAACACCUCUGACAUCGCCUCUCGCCGUCCGUCGCAACAUGAACGACUUCCUUGAACGAACGUACCUGGUAUCCCAAGAGACUGCGAGCAUGGUGAAGUCUAACCUCGACUUCGAUGACGGUUUUUGGUGGACGGAAGACCUCGCCAGCCUUCCACCGGCCAACCCGACUCUUGCGUCCUUCUCCAAAGAUUCGUGCGACAGGCCACCCCCAAUUCUCAAUAUCCUGGCAUCAAGCUGGAACAUGAGCGGCACCAUGUACAACUUCUGGCAACUUCUCAGGCUCAGCGGCGCAAUAUCCGGAACCAGGGAGACGGAAGAAGUGGCAUACCCUGUGCUGUACCGCGCAAAACUUCUGCUUCGCGAGACCCUCUUCCAUGACUUUCAACAAGCUGAGCCAGUAGUACACGCCGAAGUAAACAACUCGAGCUCGCACAUCUCUUUCGAUGACGCCGACUCCUAUGGGCGCUUUCGUGUCUUGUACAGCUGCACGUCACAGUUUCUACAGUCGAUCGAGAACCAAACAGCCCGAUCCGGCUCGCUUGACACCAAGACCUGGGUAGCUAUGUUUUUAUCUUUGUGUAUUUUCAGCUUAGUGAGGACCAUCUUGGUCGACAGAGCUGCUCAAUCACACCUCAGCCCGCCACCGCAAGCCGGAUCGGCGGCGAUGCACGCAGUCUACAAGGCACUCGUCAGCGUAUUUGCGUGGUCUGCACCGAUGCUGUUGGACGGGUCCGACACGGAUAUGAGCAAUGACGAUCGUGAACUGCUCCAUUCGGUGGGAGCAGUCUUGGGAAGGAGUUCGUGGAUGGACCGUGGAAUACUGACGACCAAAAACUUUCUCAUGUUCCUCGGCAGCGGCGAGAUUGAGGCCAACUUUUUCAAUGGAUUCGUCAAGCAAAGGUCGCCGCUGAGGCACGGUUCAUUCGUCCUCCCUCCGAUAACCAAAUCAGGGGACGAGCCAAGAAAACCCCUUCCAGAUAUGCGCCCCCUGAUCAACACCUGGCCAUUGUCUAUUGGCACCCAUUCGGAACGAGAGACGUAUGUUUUCAAAGGGGAGCCGGAUCGCAUGCUCACAUCCCCGCAGUCCAUCGAUCCAGGAAGGCGGCAUACUGUUGCUGAAAGCCCGACAUUUAUUAGGCAAGCUGGCCGAGGGCUAACAUCACCAAUACCCGCUUCUAGGAUCAGGUCGUCCUACCAGCGGCCUCCGCUCCGGAGGGUCUACUGCGGAAAAUGCAACGAGUACCCAGAGGGUUUCCGGGGCGAGCAUGAGUUGAGGAGGCAUACCGAAUCGAAGCAUGCAGCUCUGGUCAAGCGAUGGGUGUGCACAGAACCGCAGGAGCCUCCUGGCUCGCCCCAACCAGUUAUACCUCUGGCGAAAUGCAAAGCUUGCGUCACUCAGAAGCGCUACGGGGCUUAUUACAAUGCCGCCGCGCAUCUCCGAAGGGCCCACUUCAAUCCCCAUCGCGGCGGAAAGGCGAGCGGCGAUUGGCCUCCCAUGUCCAUACUGAAGGACUGGAUGCGUGAGGUUCGGCAAUCGAUUGAUGUACAGGAUCCAGACGAUUCUAGCGGGGAGGACGAAGGGCCAGACUACAAAUCAUCACACGAGUUUGUGUCGCCGCCUCGCCGGCGCUCGCCGAUACUGGAAGCGCCACGUCUCGCACCCGCGCCGCUUCCGCUUCCGCUCCCGCUCCCGCUUCCGCCUCCACCUCCACCUCCACCUCCGUCGCAAGCCCCCUUGCUUGCACCCUCAAUCGACCGGGCUGGCCAGCUCGACCGGAUUGGCCCGCUCGAUCGCAUGGGUUCGCUCGAUCGAGUAGGUCCGCUUGACCGGGUCGGUCCACCCGGACCGCCUCCCAUCAUCAUCCACAGCACCCAAGGGGCCUAUAUCGCCCCUACCCCAUCUCUCAAGGCCGAAGAGCCCCCUACGCCUAGUCCCUCACUGUCGGCCGUUCGUAACCGCUGUCCCCAUCCCGAGUGUGGCCGCGUCUUCAAGGAUCUCGCCGCUCACAUGUUGACCCAUAUGGAGGAGCGGCCUGAGAAGUGCCCUAUAGAAUCUUGCGAGUACCACGUCAAAGGGUUUGCGCGCAAAUAUGACAAGAACCGACACGCGCUCACGCAUUACAAGGGCACAAUGGUGUGCCCGUUCUGUGCGGGGGUCGGAACGCCAUACGAAAAGGCAUUCAACCGGGCCGACGUGUUUAAGCGCCACCUGACGGCCGUGCACAAUGUCGAGCAGACACCGCCAAACAGCAGAAAGCUGAUCCUGACAACUGGGGCAGGACGUGUUGGUGGUGUCGGAGCCAGGUGCAGCAUCUGCCAGAGCCAGUUUGCGACUGCGCAAGAGUUCUACGAGCACUUGGACGACUGUGUUCUCAAUGUUAUUGUGCCAUCGACGCCAAAGACGGCAGGUAGCGGAAGCGGGAGCGCGAUUUUUGGGAAAGAUUCUGUGACCAGGACGCCCACGACGGCGAGCACAGACAAGGGCAAAGAGCCAGACAUUGACACGCAGCCGCAGGCCCAAUAUCAGGAUACCGACAUGGAGCAGGACCACAGGGGAGACGGUCACGGCGGGCACAGCUCGUACGAGGAGCGCCAGUAUCACGAGGCGGCAAAUCGCGCCGAUGAGAGAGAAGCCAUGCAGACGGACGGUGGAAGAGAAGAAAAAGACCAAGAACCUCGGGGAGAGGUGCAGGCCGCGCCAAUGUCAGGCUCUGCCAAGGAUCAGGUGACCGAGCGUCAACUAGAAGCCGAAGACGUGCUCGAAAUACAAGUUGCGCUCGGACCUCGUGAAGAAGCGAUGGACAUUGAGGACUACGAGACAGCACAACAUGGGUCCCGAAACCCAAGCCGAGAGGAGGAAACCUACCAUGACCUGCGGGUCCGCCGAAGUCCCGAGGUGACUCUGGGUUCGCCCGUGCCGCCGGACGGCAUGGAUACGGACUAA